UUUCCAAGAGUAAUAGGAUGCAUCGAUGGAACGCAUAUUAGAAUACAAUCUCCUGGAGGUGAACACGCAGAAGAGUUUCGAAAUCGAAAAGGAUACUUUUCUCUUAAUACCCAAGUUGUAUGUGAUCAUAACAUGAAAAUUACAGACAUUGUGUAUAGAUGGACGGGUUCGGUCCAUGAUGCAACAAUUUUUCAACAUUGCCGACUGCAUCAAAGAUUAGAGGAAGGUGAUUUUCAGUUGGGAAUAUUACUUGGCGAUAGUGGAUAUCCAAUCAAGAAAUAUCUUCUCACUCCUCUUUUGCAUCCAACUACUGCAGCGGAAAAUAAGUACAAUAAUGCUCACAUACGAACGAGAAAUAUCGUUGAACGAGUAUUUGGAGUUUGGAAACGUCGAUUUCCUGUAUUAAGUUUAGGUAUGAGACUCAAAAUACAGACUGUGCAAGACAUCAUCGUAGCUACAGCAGUUCUACAUAAUAUUGCCAGAGAUCAAAAUGAAGAAGAACCUCCUGAAUGUAUAAAUAUUCCUGAUGACAUUGAAGUUGGUAAUGAGAAUCAAAUAGAUGUUCAAAUAGGAGACAAUAAUGUCAGACAAGCACUCAUUCAUGAGUAUUUCUCGAGAAACUUGUAA